AUGAAUAAUACAUGUAUGUUCAUGGAAUGCUGUUCCAAUGGUGCGGAAGUCGAAGAGGAUCUCUCCGAAUGCACUGUAUCGUCCCGAGAGUUCGAUGUCAAUGCGCUGAAUGUCGAUCACUUGACGUCCACGGCGCUCUUCGACGCCAUCCAAAACAACGAUUGGAGCGCCGUAGACUUCUUUUUAGACACUGGGACGUUCAGUUUCUCUCCCUUCCAGAGUUACGACGAAGGCUGCAAAGCAGCAGCGGAAGAACAGUCAGAGACGUGGGUCGUUUGCGAGGAUGACGAAGGCAGGCUGAUUUGGCGACAACUGCCGAUCCAUGCAGCAAUUUGCUAUGGAGCUCCAUUCAACACUGUCAAGGAAUUGAUUAAGGUGUACCCAGCAGGCUUGCGCUGUGCAGAUGUUGACGGCAAUCUUCCUAUUCACUUGGCGUUCAGGUUCAACUGCACCGAUAGGAUCUUACGCCUUAUUCUCAAAGCUUUUCCCGAGGGAAUGGAAGCCGUCAACUGCAGUGGCAAACUUCCUUUGGAGUGUGCUGGUGAUAAAAUGCAAGCCAAGUUCAGGCUACUUCAGACGUUCAUUGAAUGUGCCGGCUAUCUUGACGACAAGAGUCUAAAUCAAAAGCAGGAUGAACUUGAGGCUGCCCAGAAGACCAUCAUAGAAGCCACCGAAGAUCUCUCCAAAGCAAAAAGGGAGCUGUCAUACAUCAAGAAGUUCCCUAUUCCAACCGCAGAGACUAGUAGUGACAGGGGGCUCUCGCGCUACUGGAAGAAAGUGUCAAGCAGGUUGCUCAAGCGAAAGAGCGAGCUGUGA